GGGCUGGUCCGGAGUUAGUGAGGUCGAGCUGAGAGGCAUUGGCACAAGCAGAGCAGCUUUCACGCACAGAUGAAAUCAGUGCAGGGAGGCUUACUUUACAGUAGCAAUACGUUGUAGGCAGCAUUGCAGUUCAUCACUGCUGGGCGCUGGGAUCUUUCUUCUUGUGGAGUACGAGAUCAGAAGCAGCAAAUGUUUCCGGUCAGGCAGCCUUGGCUUUGCAAAGCCCUAGGUUGUUAUGAUUGCUGUAUCCGGUGCAUUGGGGCAGUGCCCUACCCAUCCCUGGUGGCCACCUUGCUGUGCUAUGCUGGCAUGGCAUUAUUUUGUGGCUGUGGGCACGAAGCGUUGACCCAGACCGAAGUCCUUGUUGAGACUUACUUCGCCCGCAAUGUUCAGGACCAUGAGGUCAUGGACUCCUUUAUCAAAUAUUUCCAGUAUGUGAUCUAUGGCCUGGCCUCAUUUUUCUUCCUUUAUGGUAUCCUGCUGCUGGCUGAGGGUUUCUACACCACAAGUGCUGUCAAGCAGACGUUCGGCGAGUUCAGGAGCACCCAAUGUGGCCGCUGCCUCAGCCUGACGUUCGUCAUAGUGACGUAUGUCUUGGCCUUCAUCUGGCUGGGAGUGUUUGCCUUCACGGCCAUUCCGGUCUUCUUCCUGUUCAACAUGGAGCAGACCUGCCACAACAUCAACAUCCUGGCUGAAACGACCCCCAGCAUUAAUCAGCACGCCUGGAUUUGCAUGGAUGCCAGGCAGUAUGGUCUGCUUCCUUGGAAUGCGAUGCCAGGGAAGGCUUGUGGAAUGACCUUGGCAUCUAUUUGCAAGACCAGUGAAUUCUACGUCACCUAUGACCUGUUCAUAGCUGCAUUUGCUGGUGCUGGGAUCACUCUGCUAGCACUGAUUCUGUAUCUGGUCCCCACCACCUACAACUAUGCAGUCUUGCGAUUUCUGGGCAGGAAAGGUGUUCGCUAAGCACAACGUCUCCCCCAGCGUUGACGCCGGCAUCUUUCCACGAGACGGACAGAGAUCACAUGGUCUCUAUCCAUACUCUCGGAAGCAGCAACCUCCAAUAACAGACAUACUGUAUGUUUCUCAUCACUGUUGUGUAUGAACAACAUCAGAGAGAUGAAGAUAUUUCACCCCAGCAGCAAAUCCUCCAUCUCAGAUGAUUCUCUUGUUUGUUGUUCAUUUCUCACUCGCAGGUUUGUUUUUGUUGUUGUUUUGAGGCUUCACUGGUGCUGAUGAUGUUGUCAGAUUGUGAUGUAUGACAUUGCAUGAAUAAUUAAGAGUAAUGACAGCUUGCCUUGAAAAUCCUAACUGCACGCACACCAUUCAGUGUUCACUGGUGCAUGGAUUGGUUCUGAAUAUGACUUUGCUGCUGCCACGUUUUCACCAUCUGUAUCAACAGUGUGUGUAUACUAAAGCAAGCGACGCUGAGUGUCCAAUGGUUUUCUGCCAGUUUGCUUCACUUACAAAACAUGCACUUUGCAUUCACUUGUAUGAUAUUUUUUGCUUCCUUUGGAGGGGGGGGGCAAAUGUGUAUCCAUUUUCAAGCCUUUUUUUCAGUUAUUGCUUAAAAUAAGUCCUUAUGCCACUGCGGUGAUGCUUUAAUAACCCGCCUCCAAGUUGUUUGUGCUCAUUUGAAACUAAAUCAUUUAAAUCUGCAGAAUUAUA